GUCGAAAUCAUGGGAUUGGUAUCCACCAUGCUGCCGGCCUGUUUCUAUUCUCAGUGCCCGGGCCAGCCAGACACGCGUGGCUAAGCAAACUCGGGCCGGUUCGGUGCUGUCAAGUAGCACCACAGAAUAAUUUCCCGCGAAAGAUCUGUGCACCCUCGCACUCACCUCGGGUCGCAGCCAUGGCGGCCGUUUCUGUGCGACCAACAUAUCCCCAUGACAUGCAUCUGCCCCUCCGCUUCGCAUGCCGCGCCUUAUUGCCAGUUCUGAGCCCUGGUCUCCCACAUGAUCACCAACAAACACUCCCACUGCCCUGAAUGAUAAACCAGGCCACCCAUGCCUCUCUCAACCUCUCGCCGCCGCCAUGGAACGACAAUUCUCGGGGCAGACUCAGCCGAUUUAUCAUGAGACGUACUCGCGACAGCAGACGACGGGAAAUGCCGGUUGGAACCCGAUCGCGGCAACACCAGAUAUUGACUCUCCCUUGUCAUCGCCGCAACGCUCGCGGGUCUCAUUCGCGCCCCUGAGAUCGCCAACCCAGGACGCGUCCGGCCUGGACACUCCUUCGAGUGUGGGCCUAGGCAUUGGGCCCAUUGACCAUGGUGCGCAGUUUCCAGGGUACCAUCCGGUUGUCUCGCGGGACUCCUUCCAGCAGGACAGUGACAGUCUGCCAACCACUCCAAGUCCUCCGCAGGCGAACAACUGGUCAAAAUCCACCAUCGCGCCGCGCGAGUGCGCCCUCGACGGCCAAGAUGGAGCUCCAUACUACUACCCCAGCCCGUAUGGAGGCCCAUCGCCGCCCGGCGGCCCUGGGAAUCCUCGCUUCGCUCAGUUGACCGAUUCGACAGGAUGGAAGAUGAUCUAUGGGGGUUGGUCGAUGUAUAUCCUGUUCUCUCUGGGGUUUGCAUUUGCGGUCGGUCAUCACGUCUUCUACAACAGCCUUCACGGGAAGCCUGCCGAUGACCAGAUCGGCAUGAUACGCUUCGGCGGUCUUUUGUCGUAUGCGGCCAAGGCGUCGUUGGUGGCCGCGGUCGUCUUUGCCUACCGGCAGCAGAUCUGGGUGACCGUCAUCAACAAUGUGCUGCAGCUGAGGACCAUCGACAGCCUCUUUGCCGCCGUGGACGAGCCACAGGCAUUGUGGAGCUGGGAGCUUUUCAAGAAGGCCCGCAUCGCCGUGUGCUUGGCUGUUUUGGCUUGGUUAUUCCCCCUUACCGUCAUCUUGACCCCGGCCACCCUCACCGUGGCCCCGCUCACCGAAGUCAGAGACGAUCGCUGCCAUGGCGUCCGCACGCUCAACUUCGAUGGAGAGAAGAAGAAGAACUGGAGACGAGUGGACCGGCUCAACGGCUACCGGGGAAUUUCGCUCUCGCUGUGGAACUCGACAGUCCCGGAGUCGAUGGGUCUGGUCGACACACCCUUCAACGAGACCUUUUUUGACUACUGGACAGGCAGCAGCGCACCGGUCGAGUUAGUGACCGCCCAGAGUGCACUAACUGGCACAGUCAUCCCAAGACGAAAUGUCGCUCUGGAAGCUUGUGGUGCCGGCUGGAAUUGCAGUUAUGAGGUCUCCUUCAUGGCCCCUGGGUACAAAUGCUCCGAGUUAGCAAGGGGGCAGAAGCUCGACGAGGACGAUCUCAAGCGGCAGGGUGUGCCGUUCAACGCCGGCGAAUUGGCACCAAACGGCGACUGGGCGUAUAUAGCUGAGACCAAUGUUGGCGAGUACUUUAACGAACAGGUCGAGGUGCUCCCUGGCGGCGCUCCCAAGAUGAAACCUCCUUAUCCCAAACAUCUUGGCGCCCUCAGGACCGAGCCGGUGCUGUGGGUUGGCUAUUCCACCCUCACCAGACCGGGAAGACCGCCCGAGAACCGUGAUGCCCCCGGGUGGAACACGGAUUUUGAGGCCGUUGUCUUCCGGUGCGAGCACUACUUGACUAACUACACUGUCCGAUUCAACCACACCUUUUCCGAGCAGGUCACCACCGUUCUCAGGAGAGACCAUCUCUAUCCCAUCAUCAACACGACCGUUGUCCCGGGCAAGAACGCCAAAGAUGGCACCAAGGAUAACACCACAGCCGUCCCUGAAUCUAACUACAUCCUCCCCAUCGACAUCGAAACCUACCGUGUCACAGCCGCCUACCACUCCCUCGGGCAGCGCAUGCGCGCCUUCAUCAACGGCAAGAUCAGGUUCUCGCCCUACGUCCAGAUUGAGACCCAAGCCUCCAGCACGCCCCUGAUCGACUUCGAAACGUACCUCCCCAGCGCGAACCUCAUGUCCGAGAUGCAGCACUUUUACGAAAACAUCACGCUGUCCCUGCUCUCGAACCCGCAAUUCGUCAUCGUCGCCUGGGCCGCCCAACCCGACCGGCGAAGCGGCAUCUCCAACGACACCGUGACGGCCGACCCGGCCCUGUCGUACCCGUGCACCAAGACGCGCGUGGCCAACGCGUACGUCUACAACCGCCGCGACCUGUGGAUCGCCUAUGCCGUCGCCAUCGGCGCGGGCUUGUUUGCCGUCGUGUUGGGGUCGGCCGCGCUGAGCCAGAACAAUUUCCAUGUGCGCGACGUGCAUGUGUCAAGCAUCGUCGCUGCGACGCGGGCGCCCUGUCUCGAGGACCUGCCGUGGAAGGCGAGCAGGUGGGGCGAGGUGCCGCGCGAGAUCCUUGAGACCAAGCUGGGUUAUGGUGUGGUCUCGGAAUCGGGACCUAACGGGACGCCUGCCGCGGUGGCGAGUGGUAUGGUGUCUGGUAUGUGGAUGGCUGGGGUCGGCAGUCCGCCCCUGGUGGUUGGCGGGAAGGUGUAUUAUGGGUUUGCGCCGAAGGAGGUGUUGGAAAGGACGAGGGUGGCGACGUUUGGGCCGGGGAAGAUGAGGAAGAGGAUGAGUGCUUUUAGUUUUAGGACUUGGGAACAGAGUUACGGGUCGGGUAGCUAGACUGAGUAUUUGUACAUGGGGGGUCCGAAAGGGUGCAUUUGAAAGGCUGGUGUCUGGUGAGGGAAUGAGUUUUGGAAUGCAUUGCUGCGUGGUUUUGUAACGUGUGCUGCCACGCUAGUUCGGUGCAUCAUUGGGUUUGAUAUCGCUUUACUGACUGCAGCGUGCAGUAGCAUUGACUGGGAUUAAAUCCAAUACCUUGAAAGCACACCUAGUCAAUAGUCGCUGUGGGAUGCGAGGGCUGGCUAACCAUCUGGGCUCAUAUGAUUCUUUACGAUUUACCUAACGUUAGUUAAUCC